AAAUAUAUAUAUAUAUAUCAUUUCAAUUUACUUCGAGUGUCUUUAAAAAAAAAAAUUAUUUCGAGUGUUCAUCUCACCGUUUACUUCGAUCAGUGAAGAAUCGUUUUGGAUCCAUCGAUGAGCUUGGAGUUUUUGAAAUGUCACAAUUAGGAUUGAAAGCAGUUUUAAACCCCAGCGAGAUGUUUCUAAGUGAGGAGUAUUCAGGCUCAGAUGUUUUGGCGGGUUUAGCUGUUGCUGUUACCAUGGAUGGAUCUCGAAGUUUUCUUGUAGAGAUUCAGGCAUUAUGUGUGUCUGGUAGUUCAACAAUUUCACGGCAGGUUAAUGGAAUAAAUGGAAGCAGAGCUGAUAUGAUAAUCUCAGUUAUUGUGAAGCAAGCUGGACUUAUGCUCCAACAGAAUGCUAUUUUCUUGAAUGUUGUCAGUGGGAUAGUGCUGACAGAGACGGCAGGGGAUCUUGCUAUAGCAGCUGCAAUAUGUAGCAGGCAUGUUUUAUUCUAGUGAUUAAUUUCUGCUAUUUCUUUACCAACUUAGGCCUAUAUCUUUUGCAGAGGAAAUUACAAGGAAAAAGAAGCAAGAAAAUAUUUUUCCAGCCUUAUAAAAUUAUUUGCAUAUUUUUUUAGUUUUGACUUUCUUAAUGUCUUUGUGAUUAAUUCCAAGUCCUCGAAAUUUGCGGUUUUUUUUUGUCUACAAUUUUAUGUCUUCAUAAAUAGACUUAAGUUAUCCAUGAGGUUUACAUUAUUUGUUGUUAAUAUCCACGACCCCUUUACUAGCGAUUCCUGCUAGCAUCAUCACCAUCCUCUCUUUAUACGAGUUGAUUAAAUUUUAUAUACAUAUUUCAUGACUUUUUUUCUUCAGUUUCUUGGAGUUACCUAUUCCUAAUAAUAUAGCCUUCAUUGGCGAAAUUGGCCUUGGUGGCGAGCUUCGCACGGUUCCAAGAAUGGAUAAAAGAAUACAUACGGUGGCGAAAUUAGGUUACAAAAAGUGUGUAAUACCAAAAUCAGCGGAGAAAUCUAUUGGAGCUUCAGCUUAUGAGGGGAUGGAAAUCGUAGCUUGUAGGAAUCUCAAAGAGGUUAUCAACCGAGUAUUUUUAACCCGUUGAAGUGAGCUAAACGCCACUUUUCUUUUUGCAUUGGAUAUUGUUCGACUCUGUAUAUAUUACGUGUAAAUUUACUUGGCUAAUUAAUACCUAUGCUCUUGCUUAGUUAUUUAUUUAUUAUCGGCAUAGGUAGGGUUUUAGGCAUAUUAUAUCAUAUUAUUCAACAAAAGCAUAUUCAUGUUUUUAUGGAUGGUUGAAUCAAAGUAUAUUUUUAGA